UUUGUGUUCAACUUCUUUUAAUUUUUUUCUGUUGGAUGUUAAGAUAGAAUUGUGUUCCAAGCUAUUUUCACAUGACUAUAUUGGAGACUUUUAGCAUGAUUGCUUUUUUUUUUAUUGGAAGGACAACUAGUCGAUUAUCAGUGUUCAUGGGAAUCUGUUUUUAGGAGAUUCUACUUCCAUAAAUUUUCAGCAGGAUGUGAUGGAGUGGCUCCUUGUGGAAAGAGGGAAUUCCCAGAACUUUGCAGUUCUAAUUAUAGAUUCACGUAUUUUGUGUUUUUCUGCAACACUGUGCAAUAGUGUGCAACAUUAUUACAUGAUAUAGAUUGUUCAAUUGUUGCUCAACAAAGUUGAGAAAAAUUCAGACAUCACCAAAACAUUCUCAAAUGGCGAUUUCAUAAUUUCACGAAUGAUUGACAACUGUGGUGCUAUGUGUUUUCUCAUCGCCAUGAAAUUUACAAGAUCACCUGAAAAUGUGUUAGUGAUUUUCAUUUCCUGAUCACAAUUUUCAUCAGUAGAAGAUAUAUGAUAUUAUAAUGGUGUCUUUUGAGCAGUAUCAACACAGGCACUUUUAAUAAAUGGUUUUGUUUGUGUAAACCGGUUUCCACUACAUCUAAACUUUUAAAAAAACAACAAAUUUUAGUGAUUCAUAAGUUCAUUCAUAUAUCAGGGAUGUUUUACUUUGUGUUGUCAAUGCCAAAAUUAUUCAACCAUUUCGUAAAGAAGUCAAAUUCUGUCUUAACAACACCCUUUUACUUUUCUUUGUUGAAUUUAUUUGACACUACAUGAAUCAAACAUUUUGGGUCAUGCAUAAAAUGACAACAGUAAUACUGAGAUUUUCUCCUUGCAAAGUGCCUGCUUUUCUUGCUCAAAACAAGACAAAACUCUGUGAAACCAUUUGCAUCAGUGUGUAUAUAAGACAUUUUUUCCUUGUUAGAAUUUUCAGAUUUUGUUGUAGAGUGUAUUCUGCUUAUUCUAUAUAUAUAUAUAUAUAUAUACGAGUUUUAUGUUUUUGUAUAGUUGUGCAAUAUUUCUGUAUUCUACAAAGCAUUUUGAUUUACUGGUUUUGUUUUGUACAUAAUAAGGGGAACCACCAUAGCUGUUAUUGUAUUCAAGUGCUGACCUUCUUCUGGAUUUUCCAAAAGACACAAAUUUAUAUCUACAAACAUUUUCAAAUUAUAAAGUUUUAACAAAUUUUUGCAAUAAUUGCAGGUUUUAGUGUAUUGAUAAUAAAUUUGUUUUUCUUUUUAUUCUAUGCCAGUGACUGCAAUCAUGGUGAUCAUACACGUUAACCUUGACCAUAACCUCUAACAAUGAGACAAAAACUUUACAUUUGGUCAAUAUGAAGGUCAAGGCUUUAUAUCAGGUCAAGGUCACAAAUAAAGAACAAGCCACCAUUAUGAUUUGCAAUUUUUGUUGGGCUUAAUACUGCACAAAUACUUUGUGUUUUUAAAAAUGUGACCUUUAGUGCAGGCAUAGUGUUUUAAAUGAUUUAUUCUUCUAUUGUCCUCUGAUAGAUACAGUUUCUAAAGAAAUGUGUACAAACUGGAUUUUGGAACAUUUUUUUCUUUUGGAAUUUUAAAAAAAUAAUAUGGUCUUAAAGGCAUUAAGUAUAUGAUUUUAGCAUUAUUGAAAUGUGUUCAUCACUCUGGGUAGUGUGCAACUUUUGCAGCAACAAAAAAAAAAUGGUGAAGAGAUGUACAUGAUUUAUAAUGUACUUGAUUUUCUUAAUAACUGUUUGAUAAUUCACUUAUAAUCAAAGAUUUGACAAUUAUUUACAAUUAUGAGAUGCUGAAUAUAUUAAUAUUAAACCAUUUCAGUUUAUUUACACAAGAUAAUCAUGAAAUUAAUCACAAAAAAUGUAAUCCAGUGUAAUACAUUAAAACAGCAAUAUGUAGUUAGAUUUACACCAGGUUAUUUCAGUGUAAGGAUGCAUGCUUGUAGAAACUUCGGUCUGUGGUAGAAAGAUUAUUUUUCGUCAGACAAUAUUGGUGAUUUUUUUUAUGUUUUCCAAGACACAAACUCAUUCUCCGUACAUACGGCUGGUCAAUGUUGAUAGCGCCACCAUUUAGCUAGACACACAAUGGGUUCUGCUCUGACAAUAAUGUUAAUACCAAUUCUAUAUCUGACAUGCAGGAUGCUACUAAGUCAUCUGAAAUUGUCAGAACUUUCACCAAGGCUCUUGCUUAAAUUUGACACAAAUUUCAGAUAAAUGUAUUACACACACAAAUGUCUUUCAUGAAAGAAGUGUUAGUGAUCAUCCUUGCAUUAAAGUUUUCAGUUACAGAAAUAGGCAUGUAGAUGUUAUGUGAUUUUUUUUUAUUUUUUGUCUUUUUUCCCCUCUAAGCUUAAGGUUGUACAGCUGUGUCAUCCAACAUGUAAUCGCUCUGUGUACUUUCUUGGCCAUAACUUUUCUGUUCUCUAGAAAGAGGUGUUCUUGUGAAAUUUACACUGUUCUCUAGAAAUAGGUGUUCUAGUGAAAUUUACACACAUUUGGUGAAAGUUCCACUCCUGACAGUAUUGAAUUAAGUAUUUUAUGUUUUAAUGUUAUUCCAAAAGUUUUUUUUUUCAUGCCAUUUAAUUUGUUUUGUUUUGUUUUAAUUUUAUGUCAAGAGUAAUUUUUUUGCUUGCAAUUUUAUCCCCCCACCCACCCCACCAAUGAUAUUUGUUUCUAAUGUUGUGAUUGUCAUGAAAAUUAAAUGGUUUUGGUGACUAUAGAAUGAUGACAGAUAAAGAUAUCAUGUAUUUUAUCAUAUGCCAGGCUUUAUUUAUACAGGUAUAGCCACUUAAUGUCAGUGAAAUCGGAGGACUUGAAUAGCUUUAAUUUGGAGUAGAAAUCCCAGAGACUCUCUGUAAACACUUGUUAGUCUGACAACCUGUAUAGACACAAGCUGGCUGAGUAUAGGCUUUAGUGAUGUGCACUGUGCAGUCCUCAUAUCCCCUUUUAUAUGUGUGCAUGUUAUUUUUGUUUGACAAAUCCAGCUGUAUUUGAGUUUUUUCAUCUUGUAUUUUUCUUUAUUUCUUCUUUUUUUUUCCCCUUUCCUUUUAAUUCUACUCCCUAUGAUAUUUACAAGGCCUGUAGAAAUUGGUCCUCGUGCAGGGAACUGAAAACUUAAAGGUCCUUUAUCUGCUACAAACCAAAGUUUCAUAUUUUGUUUUUGAUUAUUUCUUUUUUUAACUUCUAGUACAUUGUUGAAUUUUUUUUAAUAUUUUGAUAAAGUUAGAGACUUAAUUCAAGGUCAAGGGCAUUGUUAAAUUGUAUACAUUUGCCAAAAUUUCUUGAAAGUGUUAAAUGUAUAUAUAUAUAUAUAUAUAUAUAUAUAUAUAUAUGCCAUUGAAUGUCUGUCAUAAUUAGAAACACUGUGUGUUAUUGCAAUCAUAAAACUGCAAGUAAUUUGACUAUUGAUAUAGAAAAAUUGUAUCCCUUCUUAUUUUGCAUACUAGUUGUCGUUUAGAUAUGACACAAAAUUUGCUCACUUUUCAAUUCAGAUUGAAUAAAGGCUUUAAUACCUGGACAUGGAUGGAUGUUAAUCGUGGUCUAGUCUGAGUGUUGCUACAGUUUGUUUCUAUAUUAUAUAUAUUGUAUCAUACCUUCAUGUUUCAUUAUAACACAGUGCAUUUCAAAUGUUUAAUUUUAUUUGUUAUCCAUACCUACUAAAGAUAAGUAUAUAUAUAUAUAGGUGCUUACACAUCAAUAAAAUAUUUCUAAACCGAAGAAA